AUGGUCACGCCGGCAGCCUCUGAGGCAGGCCUGUGGCCGGCGCUCGGCAAGCUGUGGCGCGGCGCCGUCGCAGCGAUUGUUACAAAUUCGGCGUCCCAGUCAGAUUUCUUUCGCCAGUCAGAAAAGCGACAAUUCCGGGCGGUCCUCACCGAAGCCACCGGCGGCAGCCUCAAGUACAACCUCACGGAGGAGAUCCGCUUGCUGUACUUUGAACAGCGUGCCAAGACCUACAUUGAGGAGGUGCUCGUACCGGCGCUCGGCAUCAGUGUGUUUUACUACGUGAUGGAGUUUGCUUGGGCCCGUCGCUUCCGGGACCAGGGAGCGGCGGGGAGGGGGCAGAUUCACUUCCAUCUGCUCGGCUGGCUCGAGAGCGGCGAGCCACACCAUAUCAUCUCGGCCGACACUGCCUGGUGCUCCUCGUCGCCGCCGACGACGGGCAGCGAGCUGAGCGUCAAGGACGUUGCGUUCGGCAUCCUGACCGCGAAGAACCUCGUGCAGUCGCGCGUCCACGCACAGCAGCUCAGCUGGCUGCCGCAGGCGCGCGACGUCGUCUUUUACUCCGAGGCUGACCUCGAGGCGCUGCAGCCGACUGUGGCGCUCGAGCCGCCUCCGAAGGAGGAGCUGGCGCUGAUGGACCUGCACAAGCGCUUCCCGCGCCACGCUUGGAUCUUCUUCUGCGACGACGACACCUACGUGUACAUGGGCAGCCGCAACCUGCUGGCGAUGCUCGGCUCGUACCACGCGGAGCGAGACUGGUACACGCGCUGGGCAGGCGACAUCCGAGUCGGAAAGUGCGUCGACGACCUCGCAGCAGGAGCGCUGCUGUCGAGUCGCGCGGCGCUCACGUGGCGAGGCGAGGUGUUUGCGAGGGCUGGCUUCCACCACGAGUCGCACGACAAGUACGAGUGGGACAACACCGGCGGAGGCCACCCGUAUGGAGACCUCUAG